ACAAAUUCCAGCUCAAGAUAAACCAAGAGCUGGGCUUUGACUCACAAGACAUCAAAUCAGUGGAUCCUCCACCAUUUGCUGACAUAGAAUUUGCGGAUGCUGACGACUGCGAUGAAGAAUCUCUCAGUCUUGGAAAUUCCGAAAUGAAUACAUCAAUUCCUAGUUAUGAUUUCCAACCAGAAUCAUUUGGAGUUCCAGCACCGAUGUGCUAAAAUUUCCCCGAAAUCCUCAUCUCCUCCUCCUUUAAUCCCUCCCUCAUCAAUAACCAGCCCAGGCACCACCACUAGCACAUCUGUCUGUGAUAUUUCUCCUGAAAAAGGAAUCUGUGUCUAUGACAGUCGUGAUAAUGGUGGUGCCGAAAACAGAAAGUUCAAAGAAGUCAUUCUAGAGAAAGAUCUUUCUGGUAGUAUUGGCAUAGAUCUCACCAAAAAGAGUAUGAAGGACAGUGUUGAUGCCGGAGAAAUCUUUGUGCAUUCCAUCCAGCCAAAAGGUCCUGCUGAUUGCGAUGGACUGUUGCAAUGUAAUGACCAAAUUCUUGCUGUUGAUGGAAUCCCUGUAAAAGGUCUUAGCUGUAAAGGUGUCCUUAAUAGGAUACGGCAAAAUGAACGGCCAACUGUGAAAUUGUUGCUGUUCCAGAGAUCUCAGACAUCUCCAGUAAAAGACCACACUUCUCCGACUUCAAGCGUCUCCGAUGUUAAAUUACCAGCAAGUUCUUCCUGUCUCAAACUUAGCAUAAAACCAUCUAGGGCUCUGUCGAGUAGCACCGAUGGUUUGGAUUCUACAAAACAUCUUAAACCCAAAUCUUCUGUGACUAAAUCUUACUUUGAUCGCUCUUACAUUCCGGAACAUCACGUCUCAACUCCCAACAUCUUUAAUUCCAUUUACCAAACUGAAGACGAGUCCAUCCUCCCUGAUACAAACCAUACUACUUCAGCAGAACUUACAGAUAAACCACAAGAGGAUUCUAAAGACAGGUUUUCAAACGGAAUAAAGCAGACCUUCUUUCCCACAAGACCUUCCCAAGUCCUUACAAAGAAAAUACCUUCAAUGAAAGAUGUUUAUUUGAAGAAAGUUGAAUCCUCAAGCAACACAGAAAUGCCGGCCUCGCUGGCAUCUCUGUUCAGCAGCCGUGACCAGCUGUUUGCUAAUUCAGGAACGACAGACUUGUCUGAAAGACAUUCUGAAAACUGGACUUUGUUGAGCAAAAACACUUGGAAUUUUAAGGAUCAAAGACCAAAUGAGAAAUUCUUUGAAUGUGUUUUAACCAAGAUCCAAGGCUCUUUUGGAUUAAACAUUAUUGGUGGAAUUGAUACAAAAACAGAUUUAGGUGGUGUUUAUGUGAAAUCAUUGCAACCAGGUGGAGCUGCUCAACAAAAUGGCACUAUCCAAAAAAAUGAUCGUAUUUUGUCUAUAAAUGAUGUCAGCUUACAAGACAAAUACCAUCAGCAGGCCGUGCGCAUUCUCCAUGAUGCAACUGAUAGAAGCAUCCUUGUUUUGGGUCGAGUCGUUGAAGAUGAUUCACAUGGAACCACUGCUAGUGAGACCCUGGAAAACAGUGUAGCACCUCUGCAAUUUGGUGAAAAUAUUCCACAACCUAAGGUUGACACUAAAUUGGACCCCAACAAAACAACGCCUCUUCCAAACCCCACCUCAACAACCCCCAUAUUGACUUCCCCCUCUCAAGCUACAACUAUGGCAAAGACAGCAGAAAAAUGUCAAGAGAAUUCAACUCAAGAGUUUAUUUCUAAGAAGGAAUCACCUGAAACCUUCUGUGAUUUACCGAAAACUUACGUUAGUGGAACAAAAGAGAACAAUGUAUUUCAAGAAUCCCCUUCAUUAAAGGAAGAAUGCAACUCUUCAGCAACUUGUGAAGAUCACAAGAAAUGUUGCCAAGAUAAAAAUAUCUAUUUUCCAGACAGAAAUAAUGGUGCAAUUAUAAAUAACACAGUGACUCCCAAGGGUUCUAGAAAGGACCCCACACUUUCUGAUAGAAUCAGCAAUGAACUCCUGAAGGUACCUGACAGUGUCACCGAUGAAAAACUAGGUUUCGAUGAGAAAAACACUUGCAAGGAUAAAUGUCCAAAAAAUGAAGAACAAUGCAAUAUUUUGGCUGCCAAUGGCUACCUACCAGACUCCCCAAAUGGAAGAAUUGAAGUCAAAAGCAACUUUCAUUCUACAUUAUCUGAAGAUUGUGGCCAAUUUUCCUUGAGUCAAGAAAAAAAAUCUGUGUGUAAGUCAAAACUACACAAAGCAACCUUGGUGAACGCUGACGUCAGUGAGAAUCUAUCGGAGAGUGUGUCGGAGACUAACUUGUCUGAGUCGAUGAACCAUAAAGUUGGUUUUACUUCAGAGGAAUCCCUUGAAGGAAACUCAGACACCACGACUGCUGGUGUCAGCAGUACGAGAAAAACCACAACAGAACAGCAAUGUUUGACACAAAUGUGUGAAAUGGCUGAGAAGAACCGAGUAUUCCAAGUGAGAUUAAAAAAGUCAGAAUCUGGCAAUUAUGGUUUCAGUCUGGUGCCAGCUUUCCACCACAAUAACUAUAGCAAACUUGUUAUUAAGGCAAUCUCAGAAAGUGGUGUAGCAGCACAAGAUGGAAAUCUUCGUGUUGGUGACUACCUUUUACAGGUCAAUGGUAGGUGUGUGAUAGGGUUCAGUGUCAAAAAGGUUGUCAGCCUUCUCAAGAAACAGUCAGCUGCUACACUCACCUUAACGGUGCAUAGAUUGAAGUGUAGUGAUGACUGUUGCUUCAAAGAGUUGGUAAAACCUGUGAAAAACACAUCUGUGGAAUCUUCUUCCAAUGUUGGUAACUGUUCUUCUGAUGAUAAAACAGAAGUUGUACAAGAAAAUCUAAACGUGAGUCGCAGACAACAGUGCCUGGGUUCAUUAAAGAAUGGAUGUCAAAUCAAUAAUCAGAAUAGCAUUAAAGACCAGUUGGAUAAACUGACGGAUGAUUUGAACUGGCUGUGGCAGAUACCACUGGUCAAAGUGGCCCAGAGAGUGGACAGUAAAGUGUUGUUGGAAACACAAAUUUAUUUGCUUGAAGCUUUGGAAAACAAUAAAUAUAAAAAUGAGUUCCAAUCCUUGAAACAAGUAAAACCUUCCAACAGUGCUUCCAAAGUUGCUCACUUAGAACAGAACCGAAGUAAAAAUCGAUUCCACAAUAUUGUACCAUAUGAUAAGUGCCGUGUAAUAUUGUCUGGUUCUUCCAAAUACAUCAAUGCCAGUCAUGUCGAUAUCGAUGUUUCUACCAGCCUACUGAAAUAUGUUGCUUGCCAAACGCCACUUCGUCAAACAGUUUCUGAUUUCUGGAGAAUGGUCUGGGAAAAGCAGGCUGGUAUGAUAAUAACCAUGAACCAUGAGGUUGAAUUUGAUGCUAAGAACGGGUUUCAAAAUUGGUUAGAUUCAGAGAAUAAAUCAUUUAAUAAGGCACAGUACCACAUCAAGAUCAUUGAGAAGUACAGUCACCCACACUUUGAUAUUCAAAAGUUGACCAUCUCAGACACAACUGGAACCACCAAAGACCAUCAAAUAAUUCAUUUGGUUUACAGAUGUUGGCCUUACAACAUUAAUCACCUGGAUAUCGAUUCAUUCCUGCAGUUUGUUCAAACUAUUCAGCAUUAUCGGCCUCUCAGCAGAUCCUUGCCUGAUGAACAACACUGCAGUAGUGACUUGGUGAUCGUCCACUGUAGCAGUGGCAGUUCUCUCUCAGCUCUCAUCAUUGCUGUUGAUGUGGCUGUCAUCCACAUCCAAAACAAUAUCAAGUUCAACCUAUUUGAUAUUGUAAGUGACCUGCGCCUCCAGAGACCACAGAUGAUUGAAACAGAGGAUCAGUAUCGUAUUUGCUACCAGGCAUCUCUCAGAGCUGUUCAAAAACUGUUUUGAUGUGGUACCAUUUCCAGGCGCUGGCCACGUAUAAAACUUCUCCCUCGCAGGUUAACCGGACCUGAUGUACUUUCUCAUACGGAGAAAUUCUUCUUUAGAAGUUAAGAAGACUUAAGAUAUUUCUUUAGUAUUGAGAAUCUCUCCCUUGCGGGUUUAAAUGAAACCUGAAGUAUUUACUAAGUACCAAUGUCUUUAGAGACAUUCUCACUCACAGGUUAACGAGACCUGGAGUGAUUCAUGUGUAGAGAGGAAGUCUUGUCUGAGUUCUCAAUCACUGAUAAACUCGUUAAGAAAGACUCUCCUUUCUCACAAUAAACCAGAUUCAUAUCUGGUAUGUAAAGAAAUUCCUACAGGUUAAGGUUUUCAAAAAUAUAUUUUAAGUUUAUUUUUUUUCUUAAUUUGACCAAAUCUCAUAUGAAAUAUUUACAAAUAUUGGUAUCAUUUAGAAAAAACAAAAAAACAAAAAAUAAAAUUCACAGUAGUUGACUUUUGUUACUUCAGAUUAAAGUUUAUAAGGUCUGAAAAUAUUUAUUUUUACCUUAGUCAACCUACAGACUUUAUACCAUAAAAUAUUAAACUGCGUAGUUUCUCAUAAUAGAUGUUACUCAACUUUAGUUAUUUUGAAAUAUAUCACAGUUUAGUGUGUUUACUGUUUGACAGUGUGGCACUAUAGCAUUCUCAGAACUGUCAAUUCUAGAUUUUGUUACCAAAAGCCAGAAGAAUCAUUCAUGGAACAACAAGUUGGAACACUAUUUGGCCAUGACAUGUUGGUUAGACAGUCCAGGGAAUGCAUUCUGUUGCAUGAAAUUUUUAUAUAUUUACACAUUUUCAAUAUUAUCCGUUCCUCAUGCCAGUCUUCACUUUCUGUUUGUAAGAGCACAAAUUAGUUUUCAAAUAUUAGAUUUUUCUAUCUUGAUAGGAGGAAACGAUUUGCACAAUUAUAUUUAGGUUUUUACCAGCAUUGAUGAUGGUUUUUGAUCCCCAUUCCUUAUUUCUUGUUAAAUUCGUUGUUGUAUAUUCUCAUGAAUAUUUCAAACCCCCUAAAUUAACAAAGUCCUCCAAUAUUUACCUAAAUACACCAAACAUUGCUUCCACUUUCGGUUAAAAAUUACAUUGAUGCUCAACGUUUCGGUUAAAGUUGGGAAAACGUUUAACCAACGCCCUUCUUUAGUCUCUGCAUUUUUUCCUGUUUGCUUCCUUCUUCAGGGAUAACUUUAUCACAUGAUUAAGAUACAGAUUUUUUUUUUUUUUUUAGGAACUAUUCAUUGGUUGUGACUUUUGUUACAAAUUGCAAAACCUAUUCAAAGGUUUCAUUAAUGUUACUAUGGAAACCGAAUGUUUGCCGCUAAUCAGCUUUCCUCAGAAAGCAAAAUUUACUGUUUUACAGAAUAAAAGCUCAGCUGUACUGAGUUUGGUUGUGAUGAAUACAAGGUUGUGCAGUUGAGACUUUGGAAACAGGAAAUUUCCAGUCUGUUAAGAUCUACCAUUUCAUCUGUUGGGAUUUAAUUCACAAAGGAGGGGUCGCAAAAAAGAUGAACCAACAGUUUUUCUGGGUUUUUAGUGCUACUAGAAAGGAAUUUUAAAAUUGUCCUAAAAUUGAUCAAAUCUGUUCUUGAAUAUAUUAGGGUCUCUUUAACUUUAUUUGGUAAUCGAUUCCAGUUUUUUUUUAUUGUGUGGUAAAUGUGUUAUUUGGUAGUCAGCAGCAUUCUGUUAUGUCUAAAGGAAUUAGUGUCUGAGAUUAUGGCAGAAACUGAGUCUCAACUAGUAUUCCUACAGUACUAUGGAAGUACAUGGAAGUACUAUUGUUUGAGACUGGGUCAAGGAAUGACACAGUUACAGAAAGAAGUAGAUUGAAGUAGAUUGGACAUGUCUACUUGGAAUAUUGUUUUACUUUGAACAUCAAACUGUUGUCAUGUGACUUACAACAUGGGGCAACAUUCCACAUGUUAUUCAUGCAUUGAAUGCAACAAGUCAAACAACUUGCAUUGAAUGAUUGACCAUGUGAUGAUGGUGUUAUCACUUUAUCCUUGUUCAGCUCUGGUGAUAACACUUCACAACACUUCCUGAUAUCUUUUCAAUGAUUAUCAAUUGUUAAGAUAUCAGGAAUAAUUUCAUAGGGAUUUCUAAAGAAUAACCAUUGCAAAAUCUCUUUGAACCAAAAGUUCAUAUAUCCAGACUAAAACCGCUGCCAUUUCAGUUGCUGUCUCACUUCCACAUCUCACCCACUUUAAAGUUACAACAACUUUAAAAUUGGUUGGAUUUUUUCCCUUCCUUACACUGAGUUCUUUGUAAUUUUUGCCCUGGUUUUGUAGGUUUGUCUGUUAUCUUUUCCAUCAGAAAGAUGCUCCAUCCCAGACCUCUCUAAUUCCAGUGUCUUUUGUGUGUCAUGGCACAUCACAGCUAAUUGUAACUUGGAUUGUGUUUAAAAUAAUUUGGCAAAAACUAUUGGAGUAAAACAAACAAAACAAGUAAAACCAAAAGCUCCCAGCUUAUCUUGAAAACUAAUUGUUAUUUGUUUAACAAUUCUUCCCUAAAAUUCUGGUAAAAACUUAUAAAAGUGCAAUUUGUUUCCUUCCAUAAUAAUAGUGUGCAUAUUAACAGAACACGUGUGGCAGUAAUUAAUACCAUGAUGUGUUCUAUGAGGUCAUCUUUGGACUUUGUAACACAUCUGUUGCCAACAGGAGGGCAGACGGUUGAACAAUUGGGCAACUCUGCUUAUCUCUGAAGACUGGAAUGGUAAAUGCUAACCAGUUGCAGUCAUAGAGGAAUGAGACUGUUUCCAUUUCUAAACUGUUAUAUUUCUUAAUAUUGUAGUUGGUUGUAGAGGGUGGCCAUGUAGAAAUAACCAGAGGAGUAAAUUUAACUGCAAAUCUGGUGUGUACAUAGAAAUAUUUCUACUUUCCACCGAUGUUGGUUCCCAAUAUAUUCCAGGAACAAUGAGAAAUAUCUAUAAUUUGUAAAAAUAAUUUAGUGGAAGACACAAUUUAUGCAGUUCUACAUUGAUGUUAUAAACCCGUUUGUUCACAUGUUAAAAAAGGUCAAAACUUUCU